AUGGGAGGUCUAAUUCAGACCUUUUUCAUUACUUGGGUACUGUUUUGCUCCAUUAACAUUUCCUUCUCUCGGUUUGGCGCCCAAGCAGCUAGCAUCAAUCCAAAUUACAAAGAAGCACUCGCAAAAUCGUUGUUGUUCUUUCAAGGACAGAGGUCAGGGAGGCUCCCUCCUUCCCAGCAGAUCACUUGGAGGUCUCAUUCUGGCCUCUCCGAUGGUCGCCUUGCUAAUGUAGAUUUGAGCGGCGGCUACUACGACGCCGGAGACAACGUGAAGUUCAACCUCCCGAUGGCCUUCACCACAACAAUGCUGUCCUGGAGCACACUGGAAUACGGCAAGAGGCUGGGCCCCCAGCUGCCCAACGCCCGGGCCGCGAUCCGCUGGGCCACGGACUACCUCCUCAAAUGCGCCACCGCCACCCCGGGCAAGAUCUACGUCGGCGUCGGCGACCCCAACGCCGACCACCGCUGCUGGGAGCGGCCGGAGGACAUGGACACCGUCCGGUCGGUUUACUCGGUGUCUCCGUCGAACCCGGGGUCCGACGUCGCCGGAGAGAUGGCUGCGGCCCUGGCGGCGGCUUCCUUGGUGUUCAGGAGCUCCGACCGGCAGUACGCGGGCUUGUUGCUUAGGACGGCGAGGAAGGUGUUGCAGUUUGCGUUGCAGUAUCGUGGUGCUUACAGUGAUAGGCUUGGUUCCUCCGUUUGCCCCUUCUAUUGCUCCUAUUCUGGCUAUAAGGAUGAACUACUGUGGGGAGCAGCUUGGCUGUUUAGGGCAACCAAUGAGGUCCAGUACUACAACAUCAUCAAGUCCUUGGGAGCUGAUGACCAGCCAGAUUUGUUCAGCUGGGAUAACAAAUAUUCUGGUGCUCAUGUUCUGCUAUCCAGAGUAAGCACCCAAGACAAUUAUUCAGUACUCCUACCACAGGACAAUCUUCAAUAUGUGACAUCCAUAUCAUUUCUGCUCACCACUUAUGCCAAGUACAUGAAAUCAACUAAAACUCCUUAUACUUUCAAUUGCGGGAGCCAAGUCGUGAAUGCAAACUCCCUCAUUUCCUUGGCAAAACGGCAGGCAAGUCACAAUCAUUUAUCUCUACAAGCAAAAAAUAUACGAUUUGCAUUAUGUACGCAAAAGUGUGGUGAGACCUAUCGUAUAAUUACAGUUUGCGUCUACGUGCAGGUGGACUACAUCCUAGGGGUAAACCCUAUUAGAAUGUCCUACAUGGUUGGCUACGGACCAAACUUUCCGAGGAGGAUUCACCACAGAGGGUCCUCGCUACCAUCAAAGACGAGCCACCCACAAGCUAUAGGUUGCAGUGGCGGGUUCGAGCCUUUCUAUUCGUCUUCAAACCCUAAUCCCAACAUAUUGACCGGAGCCAUUGUCGGAGGGCCCAAUCAAAAUGAUGGCUUCCCAGAUGAUCGUUCGGACUACAGCCACUCAGAACCUGCUACGUAUAUCAAUGCUGCCAUUGUUGGCCCUCUGGCAUAUUUUGCAGGGGCCUUGAGGAGCUAG